GCAGGGAGAGGACCGGCUGACAGACACACCGGGACAGAGCUCCGGCCGCAGCCCCGAGGCGGUGACAGCGAGUGGACCCGGUUCUGACCUCACCGUGCCGGCUCUUCAGAGCAAGGGGCGGAGUUUAACUGGCUGCACAACAGGAGUUGUUUCGGAUCAUCUUGAACUUUUUGGAAAACAAGCGAUACUUUGGACGAGUUAAUCCACAAAUAAAUGCCUACAUAUAAGACAGCUGAGUGAAAUGAUGGCUGACGGGGAGCUGGUGAAGAAAAUGCUGCGGGCCAUCCUGCAGGCCAACAAGAAUGGAGUGUCUCUGUCACGUCUACAGUCAGAGUACAAGGAGCUCAACGGAGAGCAGAUACCACACAAACAACUGGGACACAACCACCUGGACACACUGCUAGCUAGCAUUCCGUCGGUUGUCCGUAUGGAGCGCAACCGCUCUGGAGAGAUGGUCUAUUUUGCCUCGGGGGCCAAUGAGACGUCCCAUAUAGCCAAGGUGGUGGCUCGCCAGCGCAGCUCCAAGAAGACGGGCCGACCCCACCUCGUCAACACACAGAUGAGGGUCAAACCAGCAGCACCACUUGUCCUCAAUGCCAAACCUCAAACCUCAUUGAGGCAGCCGAACCACCGUGGACGUGGUGGGGGUAGAGGAGGAGGCGGCGGCCGAGGGGCAGGACAUGGAGACUCCAGGCAAGUCAGAAAUAUGAGGGAUGGCCAUUCAGAGAGCAAGGCUGGGCCGCAUCCAAACAAGAUGUCCAAUCAGAACACACCCAACAGGAAGGGGAACCCACCUGCAGAGAAGUCAGAUAAGAGGAUGACCCUGCAUUCACGGUUUCAUAAAGAGGUGCACGCUCACCUUUCCAGAAACCCCCCACAGACUGGCCCACCCAUGAAUCUGAACGAGAGCCUCAGCUCGGGAAAAGGAAAACCCUACAACCCUCAGCAGGUCCAGGGGCGCAUCAGGGAGAUCCUGGGGAAGUACAGCAAUGGGUUUUGGGUAUCGAAGCUUCCCCAGAUCUACAGAGAGCUGUACAAACAAGACCUGCCCACUGAGGCUGCCAAAGACCUGGAGACCUGGACACACAUAUGCACUGUAGAGAAAACCUGCAGCAGCAACCCGACAGAACUCCUCCUCUACCCUGCCAAGGAGCAGACCACCACAUCCUCCCCUUCACCAAUCCUCAACCUGAACUCCACCAGCGCCCCUGUCCCAGUAUCAAACACCCCCCCUACAGAUAAAACCUUGUGUUCCCCUGCUCAACAGAGAUCCCCCACCACCCAUCUGACUCGCUCCGGUUCUCCCUCUCCUCUGUCUCCGCCAUCGUCCUCCUCGUCCCCAAGCCCUCCUUCCUCCCCUGCCUCCCUUAGCCCCGACCUGAGGCUGAAACUGGAGGAGUUGCUGGUGAAGUAUUCCAACGGUCUAUGGGCCCACGCACUGCCCAAGCUCUUUCAGGACACCUACAAAACCAAACUGCCCACACAUGUUCUGGAGAACCUUCAUCUCCUUUCCGACAUCUGUACUAUUGACUACCCGAUGCCUGACAACCCUAAAAGGGCCAUCCUGUACAGGAGGAGCAGCACAGGAGAUGGAGGAGGAGAGGAUGAGAACUGCAAUAGGAGGAACUCUUCGACCAGUGAAGAGGAGCUGAGGGUGAGGAAGGAGCUGGGGAGGAGGCUCAGUAACCAGGCGGUGCCUUCUCUGCAAAUUCCCAAAGAGGAGUAUCCCUCUGUGCUGGUGGUGGAUGCUACCAACACCAACAGUGUUAUACUCAGGUACAUUGGUGAGGGUUACUCCCAGGCCCAGGAGUCCAUGGAGGAUGAGAUGAGAGAGUUUUAUGGCCUGAACCAAAGUACUCCACCUCCUUUGUCCUCUCCAUCCUCCGGCCAACUUGUUGCUGUCAGAGCUGAGGAGGAAGAGGAGAUCCUGAGGGCACAAGUCUGCGAGGUCAUGGCUGACAAGGUCAAGGUCUACUAUGUGGAUCAUGGGUUCUCCGAGGUGAUCAGCAAAACCAAAGUGUUUGAGCUGCAUGAGAAGUUUUUCAAACUGCCUUUCCAGGCGACCAAGUGUAAACUAGCAGGUCUGGAGCCAUUCUGUCAGGAGCCUGCUGUGCUGAAGACGUUUGAGACGAUGGCAAGUGGUAGGAUCCUUUUGGCUGAGAUCCUAGAGAGAGGGCAGACCCCUCUGGCCGUCCUGUACGACACGUCGCAGGAUGAUGAUGUCAACAUCAACGCUGCCUGCAUGAAGGCUUUGCAUGACAAGACGCUAGCAAGCCCGUUACAGGUGAACAGUGCUUAUAUGAAUGUGACCGUCAGCAGCGUCUGCUCAGAUGGAACCGUCUACUGUCAACUGCCCUCCAGAGGCCUGGCCAAGCUGAAUGGGUUACUGGAGAAUAUAGAGACAUACUUCCACUCACAGGUCACUUCAGAGUUCCUGGUCUCCAGACCCUUUUGUGGGAAAGGAUGUAUGGUGCGCUACAAAGGCAAAUGGUCCCGUGUAGAGAUCACCAAUCUGCAUGGCAGCAGAGUCCUGGACAUCUUGUUUAUUGACGUGGGCGUGCAGGCAUCUGUGGAGGUGUUUGAGCUGAGAGAGAUCCCCCCACUAUUCCUCCGUGACAUUAUGGCUAUCCCACCACAGGCUGUGAAGUGCUUUCUAGCUGACCUAGCUGUCAGUGUUGGGUCCUGGACUCCAGAUGCUGUCCAUUGGCUUCGAGAGAAAGUGCUCAACAUCACUGACUGCAGCAUGAAAGUGGCUAAGGUAGACGAAACCAAGCGCUGCACUUACGUCCACCUGUUCACCGAUAAGAACUUCCAUGACCCGGCCCGCAGCCUCAACCAUCAGAUGGCGCAGUCUGACCUGUUCAAACAUCAACCAGAUGUUUUCCUGACGAGUCACAGCCCCGCUAAGAUCUCCACAGCCACUUUAUCCUCCAAGACUUCCAGUACCAGCGACUCCACUAACGGUAAUAGGUCCACUACUGUCCCAGCUAAGCCUCAAAUCCGAAGGGCUCUGCCGGGUCAAAGAGGAGGCGGAGGAGGUGGAGGAGGAAACACAACCAGCACCACCCUACCAGAAACGCCAUCAACUCCCUCAACCUCUCUCCAGCUGCCACCACCACUAGAGCUGCCUCCAGCUGGUAACAACAUAGAUGUCUAUGUAUCCGUGGCGUGCCAUCCGGGCCACUUUGUGCUGCAGCCCUGGAGAGAUAUGUACAAAUUGGUGGUGUUGAUGGGAGAGAUGAUUCUGUACUACAAUAAAAUUGAAGAAAAACCACUCAGUAUAGAGAAGAAUCAGAUAUAUGCUGCUAAAGUGGAGAACAACUGGCAUCGUGUGUUGGUGAAGGGAGUUCUGACCAAUGGCUUGGUGUCUGUCUAUGAACUGGACUAUGGUAAACAUGAGCUGGUCAGCUGCACCCAGCUCAGACCUUUGAUCAAGGAGUUCAGGCAGCUACCGUUUCAAGGAAGCACUGCUCAGCUGGCUGGAGUGAAGCCGAGGCAGUGGUCAGAAGAAGCUUCCAUCGUUUUCAGGAACCACGUGGAGAAGAAACCACUCGUGGCCCAGCUGGAGAGCCUACAGGAAGCCACAAACCCAUGGGAGAGGAAGUUGACAGUCUUCCUGGUCGACACUUCCCAGGAGGAACGAGACAUCUGGGUGCAUGACAUCAUGGCUGAGUUUGCUGAUGAGAUUACCAAUGUGUUGUAAAACAAAACAUGGUCGACAAGUCUUACUAGUCAAGCAGUUGUCCUCUUGCUCAAUGAAGACACUAUGAAAUGUGAAUAGAUGAACUAGGAUAAGCUUAUCCAACUUUAUCUAUCUACCAUUUAGGGAGACUAAAAGUAAACAGAUGAAAGGAAUGAAAUGAAAGAGAAGGGAAGAAGAAGAACAGGAAAUUGAGUGGGUUUAUAGUAUGUGGAGACUAAUAAUGACAGAAAGACAAGAGGUACAGAUGUAGAAGCAACUUGCUUGUUGUGUUAGGGGCUGGACAGUGAGGGAUGUUGUGAUGUGAUUUCUAGUGACUGCAGUUUGACCAUUGGAUAAAACACCCACGCAUGAUGUUGUGGUUAAGUACUAACUUGAUACAAACACAUUUACAGUUAUAUCUAUCCAUGAUGUUCUCACAAAGCUGCUUUGUAACAUUUGGUUUGGGCUUUAAAUCCAAAGCAGCAUCCUGAAGUAUUGAGAGCUCAUGCCCUUUUAGUGUGUGUCAUACUACAGACACCUGAACACACUGAAUCCUGGUAAUGUUGGCGACAAAAUGUACAAAUUAACUGUGCAAGCUCUCAAAUGCUGGGAAAACUUAAAUGCAUUUGUUUACAACAGCCGCUUUAUAGAUGUGUAGUUAUCAGAAAGGUUAAAAAAGCUACAGAGCAAACAUUCUCCUAAGGGGAGGAGAUGUGGCUGAGUCAAGAUGUUUUUAUUUUGUGAUAAAUGUAUUCACAGCCAGAGACAAAGUGAAUAUUUUUGAAAAUUAGAUCUGAUCGAAUGUGGUCACAGGAGACACAUUGAGGACGCACUCGGACGCCAGGUAGGAACUGACAAACUUAGAGAUGACCACUUGUGAUUGGAUCUGUCAGAGGUUAAUACCAGGAGUGAACAGGAGAAGCAUGACACAGACAUUAACAGGGUUUGCAGAGGACUGGUACACUACGUCAGAUGUGUGUUGUUUUUUCAGUUGUUGUUGUUCAUCUUGACGCUGCAUGCACUGUAAAUAAGUGGUGUUUUUUAAUUUGGGAGUUAACUGAAAGAUUGGAGAGAGCUGAAGGUUGAUAAAGGCAUCAAAGCUACAUUCUGACGGCUUGUAAACAAGAUAAAUGUGACUUUUUCAAAUGUAUUUUUGAAGAAAAAACUAAACACUAACAUAUAUGUGAAAUGCAUGUGUUAAAACCCAGGUCCUGACUGACCGGUCUAAUACAUAGCCUCUCCACCUGAGACACCAAUGCAGUGGGACUUUCAGGGGGUUAACCAUUUCUCCUUUCUUAUUCCAUGACCGCAAUUCUUUGAUUUCUGCAAAUUACAUGUGCUGCAUGUUGCAGAUGUUCCUGAGUUGUGUGCACAUCUAGUUAUAAUAAUAAGAUUUAGAUACCAGUAGUGUUGUGCCAGUAGAUUUUCAAAUAGAAGAUAAUUUGAUAUUCUGAUGGUUGGUCCAUCAAAUGUUGCCCUGAUGAGGGAUUUAACUCUGAAAUGUGACGCAAAAGCACCAUGAUUUUGGAUGUGCAAUGCUGCUACAAUUCCAUGAGAGUAAACUUGACAACGCUCAAAGCUGCAUUGUUGUUAACAGCUUAAAAGUGACAUGAAUUUAAUUUAUAUUUAACUUAUAUCGUCUAGAUUAUAAUAGUUAUUUUUUAUCAUUUCUAGUUUGUUUAACAGUGACCUGGAGGGAAUAGAGGAUGUUUUUGGAAUAAAAAAUGUAUUAAAGGUUUAAA